UGACAUCUUUCAUUCCACUCGCAUCUCUCUUUCCUCUUCUCUCUCUCUUUCUCUCUCUCCAUCAAAAAUACGCAACGUAGGUUGCCUGUCUCUACCUCCCACCACCCCUACCCCUAAUCUCUCCCCUCCCCUCCUCUCCCCUCUCCCAGUCUAUCUUCCAUGCGCGUCGCCAUCGUCGGAAGCGGCCUCUCGGGUCUCUCAGCGCUCUGGUUCCUCAAAAAGCACUCCGACCAUGAGGUCAACAUCUACGAAAGCUCGGAGCAUGUAGGCGGGCAGGCGCGCGGCGUAAUCUACAGACGCGAAGGCAAGGAAGAUGUGCUCGUCGAUACCGGACUCAUGGCCUUCAGCCCCGCCGGCUCGCCCACCCUCGCCGCCUUCCUUAAGCAGCUCGACCUUCCCACCCGGCGAACGGACAUGUCGCUGACUGUUGCGCGAGAGCCGCGCCCGGCGGGCGUGCUCAACCUCGUCAACCCCCGCGCAUGGCGUCUCGCAUUCGAUAAGCUGCGCUUCGGGUAUGCCCAGGCCGGAGAUGAGCCGCUGGGUGCUUGGCUCGCGGCCAACGGGUACAGCGCGGCCUUCUUCGACGAGUGGUUGCUGCCGCGCAUCGCGCGUCUUUGGCCUGUGACGGACGACCUUGCGGCCAAGGAGAUGCCCGCUGACUCGGUGGUCCAGGCCGUCCAGGACCACGAGGGGUCGUGGGAGGCGAUUGCCGGUGGAGGUGCUGCCCUCGUCGACAAGCUGGCGUCGAUUAUCCCGCCUGAGAACCUGCACACCCGCGCCGAGAUUGUAAGCAUCACGUCGCACGAGUACGGUGUGCGCCUUGUUGAGGCGGGCGGUGCGAACCACAUCUACGACCAUGUUAUUCUCGCGAUCCCGUCCAAGAGAGCCGUCAAGUUGCUCAAGGCUGGCGGCUGGGCUGCGCCGGAGGAGGAGGCGCUGCUCGACGGGCAGUGGAUCAGACUGGACGCCGUUCCCGCGACCGGGGCUGGCCCUGCUCCCCUUUGCGUGAGCUCGUCCCCGGCGCCACCUGCAUAUGAUGCCUCCAUGCCGGCCGCAACGCAAACUCUGUCACUGAGCUACGACAUGGGCCGUAUCGCGGCCCAGCCCGGUAUUACGCUUCACAUUACCCCCGGAUCUUCCCUCGAGGUACCCCUUCCUUCCACCCGCAGUCUUGCGCCGCUGCAGAACACACGCCGCAUCGCGUACGCAGGUGCGUGGGCGCGCGGCGGCCGUGCCGAGGAUGCGCUCAUCAGCGCGCUGGAGCUUGUCAAGGCCGCGCCAUUCGAUGCAACUCCUCCUCUUGAGGUGACUCGACGUCGCGCGCGCGCCGGGGCCGCUUUUACGCUCGCCCGUAUCGUGCUAGCAUACGCCGAGAGCGUUCGUCACCUCGCCUCGCCCCUCUGGACCGUCGUGUCUUGGCCUGUUGCGCUUGCGCUCGCCCUGCUGGAGACGGCCACGCCGGUGCCGCGCGCGCGGCGCCAGGUUGCGCUGCUGCGCAAGUGCUGGGAGUGACGUGAAUGACGCGAGCGUCGUGAGAGAGCGCGGCGGCGCCAUGGCGGCGCCACUCGCUAGAUCUCUGAGGCCUGUGCGGUGCCAAGCCGAUCCUGCCAAGGUAGCGAGCGGAGAGGCGGUUGCGCUUUGUAGAUAGAUGUGUUCCCUUCGUUGUCCUGUCCUAUCCCGUUUGCAAUAGAGUCGAUGCAUUACAGUAAUCGUGCGUGG